AUGUGGCCGUUCCUCAGCCACACUCUCUUCCCACCCCCUACCGAGGCCUGGCUGCAAAGCGUUUCCCCAGACCCUGAGGCCCAGGGCUGGGGGGCCUGGAGCAGGGACCCGGAGGCCCUGGGCUGAGGGGCCUGGAGCAGGGCCGAGAAGCCCCCUCUGGGGCCAGGGGGUGGGGACAGGAAGUAGGAAGAGCCAGGGGAAGCAGAGGAAGACCAGGAAGAUGAAGAUGCAGGCUUCCUCCUGUCUCUCUUGGAGGGGGAGGACCUAGCUAAGUACCGGGUGCCUGACCAGAAGCUGGAGGCCAUCAAACUGAAGCCGUGGGCCAUGGAGCAGGCCCAAGGGCCGGAGACGCCGGGGCGCAGGGCCAAGCCGCGGAGGAGGAGGGCGCAGGCACCGUUGCCCCUCUGCCCUGGGACCCCCAUGGAGAAGGUGGAGUCGGACCACAGAUCCGUCUAUGUGGGCAAUGUGGACUGCGGGGGCACAGCAGAGCAUCUGGAAGCCUACUUCAACCCCUGCGGGGAGGGCCACCAGGUCACCGUCCUGUGCAACAAGUUCUCCGGACACCCCAAGGGCUAUGCCUACAUGGAGUUUGCCGUCAAGAGCUCAGCCCAGGCCUCAGCGGAGCUGGAUGAGAGCAUCUUCCGAGGCCAAGUCAUCAAGGUGCUGCCCAAAAGGACCAACUUGCCAGGGAUCAGCUCCACGGACCGCGGGGCCUUGGAAGGACAGCAAGGCGCCAGAGGAGGACCCUUCCCCCGCAGCAGUCUCCGGGGCAGGGCCCGCUUCAGACCACGAGGGCGGAAUCGGGGCAGUGGAAGGUUCUCUCUGUGGUAUUCGCCAUAUUGA